CCGCUUCCUCGCUCGCUCCCCGCCGCCGCCCGGCCGUUGGCUUCGUGCGGCGCCGCCGCGCCGGGCCCGGCCCGCCCUGGAUCCUGAAAAUCUCCUUGGAAUAUCUGAAGUCCAUAUGGCUAUGUAUGAUGAAGAUAUCUUGAAAAAUCCCUUUUAUUUGGCCAUUCAGAAGCGCCGUCCUGAUCUCUGUACCAAAGUUGCAGAACUCCGUGGUAUUGUAUUAGUUCCAUGCAAAGGAAGCCUUUCAAGCAACAGUAUUUCUACCUGCCAGUUUGAAUCCUAUGUUUUGAAGCCACUAGAGGAAAAUUUUCAGACCUUAAAUGGAAAGGAGAUCUUCAUACAAGGAAACCUCAUCAUUUUAGGAACUGGUUUUAGUCACCAUCUCUCGGUCCCUGUACUUUUUGAAGAAACAUUUUACAAUGAAAAAGAAGAGAGCUUUAGUAUUUUGUGUAUAGCUCAUCCACUGGAAAAAACAGAAAGCUCAGGUGAAUCUACAGCUUCAUCAAAUUCCUAUUCUCUUAAAAGUAUUGAAGAUGUUAGAGAAUUCUUGGGAAGGCACUGUGAGAGAUUUGAUAAAUACAUAGGAUCUUUCUACCGAACAUUUAAAGAACAUGAAAGGAAAAAUCUCCGCCACUACAUAGAUUCUGUCAAUGCGCUUUAUACCAAAUGUCUCCAGCAUCUUUUGAGAGAUUCACACUUGAAGAUGCUUGCAAAGCAAGAAGAGCAGAUGAGUAUGAUUAAACAAGCAGUUGAAAUGUAUAUCCACCAUGCUAUUUAUGAUCUAGUCUUUAAAUAUGUGGGGACUAUUGAGGCAAGUGAGGAUGCUGCUUUCAACAAAAUCACGAGGAGCCUUCAAGACCUCCAGCAAAAAGACAUUGGAGUAAAGUCUGAGUUCAGUUUUAAUAUACCACGUGCAAAACGAGAACUGGGUCAGCUGAACAAAUGUACUUCCCCUCAACAGAAGCUACUUUGCCUACGAAAAGUGGUGCAAAUUAUUAUGCAGUCUCCUAGCCAAAGAGUUAACAUGGAAGCUGUGUGUGCAGAUGAUCUUCUCUCUGUUUUGCUUUAUUUACUUGUAAAAACAGAAAUUCCAAACUGGAUGGCCAACUUGAGUUACAUCAAGAACUUCAGGCUUUGCAGUUCAGUGAAGGAUGAAUUGGGAUACUGUCUAACCUCAAUUGAGGCUGCAAUAGAAUAUAUACGACAAGGCAACCUCUCUGACAGAUCAACAGAAUCUGACAGACUGUGUGACAAGCUGCUUUUAAGACAAAGGAUGAACUUGUUGUCCCAGAUGUCUGCUACUCCGAUAGAUUGCUUAUUUAAGCAUAUUGCUUCAGGUAAUCAGGAGGAAGUGGAGCGAUUACUAAGUCAAGGUGACAGUGACAAGGACACCAUACAAAAAAUGUGUCAUCCACUUUGUUACUGUGACAAAUGCGAGAAGCUAGUUUCUGGGAAACUGAAUGAUCCUUCCAUUAUCACCUCAUUUUCCCGAGAUGACCGGGGAUACACACCACUUCAUAUAGCUGCUAUCUGUGGACAAACAGCAUUAGUGGAUUUACUGGUCGCAAAAGGAGCCAUUGUCAAUGCUACAGAUUACCAUGGUUCAACUCCGCUUCACCUUGCCUGUCAGAAGGGAUAUCAAAAUGUUACACUUCUCUUAUUGCACUACAAGGCAAGUACUGACGUCCAAGACAAUAAUGGAAAUACUCCGCUUCAUUUAGCCUGCACUUAUGGUCAUGAGGAUUGUGUCAAAGCUUUAGUCUACUAUGAUGUUCGUUCCUGUAGAUUAGAUACUGGCAAUGAAAAGGGAGAUACUCCUCUCCAUAUAGCUGCUCGUUGGGGUUAUCAAGGGAUCAUAGAAGUGCUUUUGCAAAAUGGGGCAAAUCCAGAUAUUCAAAACCGGAUGAAAGAGACGUCCCUACAGUGUGCAUUAAAUUCCAAGAUUUUGUCACUGAUGGAAUUAAACUAUCUAACGUUUGAAAGGGGACAGAGUGCUUCUGAGUCACCACUUAGGUCUCCUCAGCACUCUGUGGAAACUUUCAGCAGAGGAUCAUCUGUCUCAAGCUUGUCAUCAGCAUCAAUUGAUACAAGGCAAGAAGAAAUAAAAAACAGUUAUAAAGAGGUGGAAAAACUCCUCAGAGCAGUUGCUGAUGGAGAUCUGGAAAUGGUACGUUAUCUAUUGGAAUGGAUGGAGGAAGACUUGGAAGAUGAAGAUGACACAGUCGGUACAUCAAAACCAGAAUUCUGCCAUCCAUUGUGCCAGUGCGCAAAAUGUGGGCCAGCACAAAAGAAAUUUGCAAGGAUCCGUACUAAUGGACUUGGUGUAAAUGUUUCAAACCAAGAUGGUUUUACACCACUGCAUAUGGCUGCACUGCAUGGACACUCUGAACUUGUCACUCUCUUGUUGAAACAUGGAGCCAGUGUCAGUGCCAAGAAUGCUAAACAUGCAGUUCCUCUUCACUUAGCCUGCCAGAAGGGUCACUUCCAGGUGGUGAAGCGUCUGAUAGAUUACAAUGCUAAACAAAAUAAAAAGGAUAUAUAUGGAAAUACUCCUUUAAUUUAUGCAUGCUUGAAUGGUCAGUAUGAGACUACUGCCUUGUUGUUACAGCAUGGAGUUUCUGUUAACCUUUCUAAUGCCAAAGGAAAUACAGCACUGCACGAAGCUGUGAUAGCGAAGAACGAAGCCCUGGUAGACUUGCUGCUUCAGAAUGGUGCCAUGACGCACAUAAGGAAUGAAAGGAACUGUACCCCUGCAGACUGUGCUGAGCCGAAUUCAAAUAUCAUUAAGUUGCUGGAAACAGCACCAAGCUAUGUACCUACAUCAGCAGAGAGAGAAAAGGAAUAUGAGCAGAAUGCUACUAUCAAGAUAAGAAAAAAAGUGAAUUCUAAGCCAUGUGAGAAAGCCGGUGAUCCCUUAAGCAGACAACAUCAACUGGUCCAAUCAAUUAACAGAUUUAACAAAGGGAAACAUUUACGGAGAACAAUAACAAGAGACAAAAGUGUCCCCAGUUUUGACUAUCAAUUAUUGCAUCAGUUAGCUAUUAAAAGCUUUGACAAAACCAAGUUAAAAUCUGUUGAAACGCUGGACCAGAGCAAAGUUAAGAUGAUUGACACAGGAUGCAGUGGUGAGUUUGUGAAACAUGAUGACAUGCUAGAAGCUCCUCAAAGGAGUAAAUUAAUGCACCGAAGACACACUGUUAACGUACCGCUUUCAGCAGAGAAUGUCAACGACAAUAGUUUAUCCAGCCCUAGAAAUCCAAGUAUUUCACAAUCAAGAGACUGUUGUGAUGACUUGCUUUCCAAACAUUGACAAGGAAGCGCAAACUUGAUGUCAAAAGCUGAGGAACUAGGUGGUGUUAAUUUCUAUAUCCCUUUGCUGCAUAUCAAAGAAUUCAGUGACGAUUGCAAGCUAUGCCUUCAGAACAGAACACAAGGAUGACUCUUCAACAGAAACAGAAUGUUCCUAGCACUUUCGAAGACUGAAUCCUCUGUUAAUGUUGGAGGUAACUACACAGACAGAUCAUUACUGAUCUCGACAGGGAAGUACUGAGAGGCAGACAGCAAAAUUACUUUCCUAUUCUACUUAGCACUUACUAAAAAAACUAUAUGUAACAGUAAACCAAACCAAAUCUUGUAUUGUAUUUUUCAGCCACCCCCUUUGUUUUUAGAAGUCUUUGAAUAAUUUUUGCAUUUUCAGGUUUUACCACUACAUUGGAUAAAUAUAUAUAAAUAUAUAGAUAUUUAUAUAUAUAAAGAUAUAUUGGAUAACAAGCUAUUUAUUGCCAGAGGUAAAUGAAAUGUCUCUAUUUUUAUUGUAAUAUUACAAACCAUUAUAGUAUAUAUUUCUGUAUAUUUCAGUAGCUGGAAAACAGUAGUCUGUAACAUCCGUGACACCGUGUUAGACAUUUAUACACGCUAUUAAUGUGAAGGGAACUAAUCCUUGCUAAUUUCUUUGUAAUGCUCCCCUGUAUUGGAUCUGCAAGAUGAAGUUCUUUUUAAGAGCCAAGACAGUGGAGAAAAGUAGAGAACUCUUGCAAACCUGAACUUUGGAUUCACUGUUCACAGCCUAAUUAGAAAAUGUGCAGAAGCAAGCACGUGUAAGGACACACUUUUUUUUUCUUCUUCCUCUAAAGCAAGUCAUUCAAAAAAAUGCACAAAUAUUCAUGAUUCUGAACCUGGAUAACAUCUUCAGACAAAACUGCUGUGUAAAAACUUUGUUCUGGACUGUUUCUUAAACAGGUAGACUUCCAUUUCUGAAAGGUACCUCUCAUAUCAGUACGCACUUGUUGGAAUAGGUCAGGUAUUACACCAUUCCUAGAGGUGAAGACUGAAGAAUCGAAAGCUCCUAAGCAACUGAGAUGACUGCUUGGAUUUGGACUUCAUUUUCUACUGUUUGAUUAGGGGAGGAGAAUGUGUAAAUCGCACAAGACAGGUUUCUAAGUGCAGUAUUCUUCAUUCUUGGCUCAUCACAUCCAGCCUGCAUUUUAUUUCAUAAAAUAUUUGUAUGAAUAAUUCUGUUCCUUUUAGCUGUAGUAUCUGUAAACUGCCUGGCAAAGUACAAAGCUGGAGGACAUACCGGUGAUUUUUUUCAAAUAACUUUUUAAUUGAAGAGAUAAAAUGUGCAUUAAGUGCACAUAUGGACACUUGGAGUUUGAAGUUCAUGUGUUUAUUUUUCUAAUAAUUUAUGAGUUUAUCUGAUUUUUCUAAUGUGCCUUGGAUUUGUGCCAAAAGAUGGAAAGAA